AUGCCGGGCCUCACCGUGUACAACAUUCCACCGAGCCCCCCCAAAUGGGACCGGGUAGGUGUCUUCUACAUUGCAUGGUGCGUGGCCUGGUCGACUGUACUGCUAGCGGGUAUGGCCUUCUGCUUGGUCAAUCGUCACAAUCCUAUCCUUAGGGUCCGCGGUCUAUCUCUAUCAUUCCCUGCAAUCGCUCUUCUUCAUGUGUAUUGGAUCCUCGGCCAGAUCACCUACCCGAUAGGCGGAACCGUGCCUAUGGUUCUUGCCUACGACAUCCAGUACUUCGCCAUGGGCGUUUACUUUCCUCUGGGCAUCGCGCUGUUCCACGCUUCGAACCACCGUUUCCUUCACAUUGCCAAACUGCAGAAGCAGUUUGUCCAUGCUGAGCCCCGGGCCGGACGUGACUUAAAAAGCACCGAUGCCUCGUGGCUUUGCCGUUUGAGAAACAUAAAGUACACAACUAAGAUCUUCCUUUUCAUCGGCAUUGGCAUGGUAUUGCAAUUUAUUCUCACCAUCGGAAUGUGGUUCGCUUGUAAAAAAUAUCACCCAACCUACGGUAUUCCCGGAACGGGGCUUGAUGGCUUGCCACUCCCGGUGCAGAUAGUGGAACUCGGUCGGGGAUGGGAAUGGUGGCCGUCCGUGCUAUGGCAAGUCAUCUGGGCAUGGAUUGUCGCACCGGUUCUCCUCUGGCGAGCUUGGGGAAUCCGUGAUACAAUGGGAUGGCGUACCCAGACCAUUGCCUGUUGCAUUUCCAGUCUCCAUGCGACACCGAUGUUCUUAAUCGCGUCAUACGUGCCUGCCUUUGCCAAAGUCAAUGCGUAUUUUACUCCGAGUCAAUGGAUCCAUCUGUCCAUUAUAACGUGGGAAAUCUUCACCGUGUUCGUUCCCAUCUACGAGGUCGCCAGGCAAUGGAUCCUGUGCAAGAAAGCAGCCGACUCAUAUGCUAGAUGCGAUACGGCUUCGCCAUCAAUGACCAUCAGAAUAACACGCUCAAAAGAGUGGAACAAUACGUCUUCAUCCACGCUUGCCGAGAAGGGUCAGGCAUCUGUUUUCUUGGAUGAAUGUAUGGGCGACCGCCUGUUCACAAAGGAUGCGCUCGAACACGUCCUCAGUAAGAACUCAGAGGCAUUGCAAGAUUUCGCAGCACUCAAGGAUUUCUCAGGAGAGAAUGUUGCGUUCCUUACCUGUACUGGCUCAUGGAAGUCAUCCUGGCCGGAGAGCCCCGACCAGGAGCAGCUGCUCGGAACAUAUAACCAGGCACUCUGGAUCUACACUACCUUCAUUAGCCCAUGCAACGCCGAAUUCCCCUUGAACAUAUCAUCGCAAGCCCUCAGCCACCUGCAGUCUGUCUUCGAGAAGCCCGCGCGGAUCCUAUGUGGAGAGGGCAGUGUAAACCCUGCGACACCAUUCGAAGAUGAUUACUCCACGUUACCGCCACAAGAUGUUGGUAUUAGAGCGCGGUACACGGGGGAGAUCCCUGACGGCUUCAACCUGGCCGUCUUCGACCAUGUGCAAGAUCACAUCAAGUACCUGGUUCUGACAAACACAUGGCCCAAGUUCGUCGAGGCGAUGCGGCGCCAGUCAAGCGAUUCAAUGGAGAGCGGUUAUACUGCGACGUCAGAGUCAUCGCUGUCGAGUUGGCUGUCGAGUCGCUUGUUAAGUCGGCUGUCGAGUCAGCACGCGAAGCUUCAAUCAUUUCAUUGA